AAACUUCAGACCAGCAGUUAGAGGGAGGGAGCAGCACAAAGACUUUGCCUUCAACACUCCAGUUCAAUACCUGAAUAAGAAACUUGCAGAACAGCCAAAAGAGCAGCAGAAAAAUUCAGCACUCAGGAGAGCUCCCAAGGUUGCUUGUGACCAAGAUAUUCUCCUGUUCGUGAAAAGAAAAGAAAACCUUCUCCCUCCUUUGUCCAAAGAAAUGGAACACAGAAGUGGCUCCAAACUUCUCCUGUCCUUUUCCCUCCUUUAUGUUCUCUGCUCCCGAACUGCUGCUUUACCUCCUCUGGGAACAUAUUCAGCUAUGAGAUUAGGAAACAGAAUGCCAUUUGAGGGGGCAAGUGAAUCUGAUCAUGCUCAAGUUUCAUUAAAACCUGAAGGCGAUAUUUUGCAGACAACACUACCUGAGAAUGAAAAGUUCUAUUAUGAUGUAUCCAGAGCUAUAGACAGAAAUGCAAGGCAUGCUGAUGGACUCUUCACAAGUGGCUACAGCAAACUUCUGGGGCAACUUUCGGCAAGAAGAUAUUUGGAAUCACUUAUUGGAAAAAGAGUUGGGAAUAACAGUCCCCUUGAUGAACAGAUGCCAGUCAAACGCCACUCAGAUGCUGUCUUCACUGACAACUACAGCCGCUUUCGAAAGCAGAUGGCUGUGAAGAAGUAUUUGAACUCUGUUUUAACUGGGAAAAGAAGCCAGGAAGAACUGAACCCAUCCAGCCUUCGAGAAGAAACAGAACUGCUUGAACCUGCAUUUUCAGAAAACUAUGAUGAUGUCACUGUAGAUGAGCUUGAACUGCUGAACCAUCUCCCCUUGAACCUUUGAAGACGACUUAACAAAGAAAUCCUGCAAAAAAAUCCUUUUAAAGUCCUAAAGACAAGAUCAAACUAUUUUUUGAGUUUCUCAUAGUAUUUCAAAGAAAUAAUUUCAGUAUUUAAACCAAAACAAAUAUAUUGUGAAGUGAAAUUUGUGAUAUUUUUGUUUCUUAUAUAAUAUAAUAAAAGUUGAUGUUUACACUGUAAAUAUUACUUCAGAGUGAUCUACCUAAAGCUGUACAUAUGUAUGCUAGUUAACUCGUAUAAAUCCUGUGAUCUGUUAUGCUGUAAAUCUGUUAUUUUGAUAACUGCAUAUCAAAGUUAGACAAGUAAGGCACAGGGAGGAAGUACACCAUAUUGCUGCCUUUCAGUUGCAUACACAAAAUUAAGGAGUGGUGAUUAACAGCCCCUUAGCACUUAAUCUAUCAUUCCUAUUUGAGUGGCUAAAGAAUGACCUUGUAUUCUCCCUUUCACUAGAAAAUGUCCCUAUAAACAUGACUUCAAAAUCACAGUUUUUUACUACAACUAUCAAAGAAUUUUGCCUAAAAUGAAAUUCAAGAUGAAUAUAAUCUUUUAAGAGAAAGCAUUGGUGGGGAUAUCUUGGGAUGAUAAAAUGUUCCUAAACUGCUCAAUAGGAUACACAGAAAUUCACAGGUGGGUUUCUGCCUAUUUCAUGUGUCCCUCAGUUCAUGACAGGUCAAAAUUCCAGACAGAUCUGGAGGUCCAGCAAAGGCAAGACAUUCAUAGGAAUUCUGAGGACACUUGGAAGAAUUAUCUCAGCAUGAUGAGUGAAGUUUCUAAAAGAGUUCUUUUUUGGGUUUGUUUUGCAUAGUUGUAAUAAAUCCAGAACAACUUUUAUCAAAUAAUUAUUCCAGAUAAUGGAAUAAUGGAAUAAUGAUUUUGCCUUUGUGCCUCUCUUCAAAUCGUCUGAUAUAUUCUAAUGUUUCUAACCCAUCAAAUGAGUUAUAUCCUUUUUCGUAUCUGAGUGCAAUGAACAAAUGAACUCAAUAGGAACUGAUUCUGCAUGAAAGCAAAACUCCUCCUGAAAGAUCAUCCAUUGAAGUUACACCAUUAUUUCAAAUCUCAAAUAUUUUAGAUUCAAAUAUUCAAAUUUCAAAUGUUUUCAUAAACAAUCAAUCAAACUAAUGUCCCAUACAUAUUUUGUACAUUUAUUGGUGUGUACAUUUUCCAUACAAAGAUGUUAACUAAUGGUCUGUAGGUUUAAUUUGUGCUGAAAUCAUUGAUGCUAAGGACUAUUCUGCAUUUGACUCUGUAUAUGUUUACUGAUAGAAGUAUUCCUAAUAUAUACCUUAAAAGUAGGACUGGAGACACUUUACUAUUUUUUUCAAAAUGAAUGUAAUCGAUGAAAUAUGCAGACA